UUGUCAGGGGCGUUGGCUUGCUGUGUUCUCAUUGGCUGUAUGCAAAUGAGCCGUGACGUCACAUGUUGCAUGUGGGGUAUAAAAGGCUGAGGCUGAGCUUUCGCCUUUACAGCACCUUGCUUUCCUCUCACAUCUGUUUCCUGUGCUCUCAACUACGAAAUCAGCCACAAACAUGUCAGACAAACCCAAUCUGGAGGAAGUGACCAGCUUCGACAAGAGCAAGCUGAAGAAGACGGAGACGCAGGAGAAAAAUCCUCUGCCAUCAAAAGAGACUAUCGAACAGGAAAAGCAGGCAGGCACAUCAUGAAACUUCCUAUCAAGACUCCACUAUGCACUGCACUGCCUUCAUCUUUUCACCUUUUCUUUUUCUAAAAAUUUGUUUAAUUUCCUAAGACAAAAAAAAACAACAACCCUAAGAUGCGCUCUGAUUGGACGAAACAAAACCACCAUCUUGUGGCCCGUAUCUCCGUUUUGUUUUUAAUUUAAAAAAAAAAAAAAGAACGCACCACUGCGAAGAAUGAUGGACGUGGGAGUUCAUAAAGAAGAUGAAGAGGAGGCGGGGCUUCAGCCUCAGGGCGGGGCUGAGAGUUUGAUUGACAACUUCCUGGGACUUCACUAUCCAGACCCGGGCUGAUUGCUUUCAGAUGUUGAAAAAUCAUGCAGUGUUUUGUUUCAUUUUUUUUUUUUUUUUUUUUUUUUUUUUAAAAGUUGAAUGUUUAAGAUUAUUUUGUAAUCUAAAAUUUAAACCUCGGAAUGCACAAUAUUUUGUUUAUGCAAAUAAACAAGAAGAGAAAACCUGUUAA